AUGACAGAGAGUACACCUACCAUCUUUGAGAGUGCUGCAUGUGUGAGCGCAGAGACCAUAGUUCCAUUGAUCCAGAUCAAACCAUUGGAUGCUACAGAGUUACCAAAGAAAUUCACCUUCAACCCAAAAGAAGGCAUUGACAACCCAGCCUUAGUGAUCUCAGAUGACACAGAGCCUGAAGUGCGUCCGCGGUUGUGUAUUCUGAGGCGGGAGGAGGGUCAGGGCUUUGGCUUCUACCUGAGCAGGGACACUGGCUGCAGGGGACAUGUGGUGCGCCGGGUGGAGCCUUGGAGCAGUGCAGAGCGCAGCGGGCUGGGGGAGGGAGACCGUGUGCUGGAGGUCAAUGAGGACUUUGUGGAUGACAAGGACCACUUGACUGUGCUGCUGAAGGUGCAGGCGUCUGGGCUGCAGCUGUAUCUGUUAGUGCUGAGUGCUCAGGAUUAUGAGUUUGCAGUAUCAGAUAGAAGAGACCUCAUGUUGCUUGCUAGGACUCACUGUGGAGAGGGCUGUUCUCGCCCACGCUUGUGUCACAUUAAAAAAGAGCCUGACCAUGGCUUGGGCCUCAGCAUCAUCCCUAUUGAAGGUGAGCGAGGACAUUAUCGUCUUAACCCAGUGAUUCAAGGUCCAGCUGAAAGAGCAGGGAUCCAGAAUGGAGACAGACUGAUCUGGAUCAAUGGAACUAUGGUCUCUGCGCUCACACAUGCAGCACUCUCAAAGAUGGUGAAGAAAUGUGAAGACCAUGUGACUGUCUUGGUAAUUGACAGAAGGGGUAAAGAGAGCUAUACUCGAAGGAGAUUACCCAUAAUUCCUGCUUUUGCCAAAACUCAUAAUCUUCCAUACAGACCAAAAACACUGCUCCUAACCCAGGGACCGCAGGGCUAUGGGUUCCUGUUAAGGCAAGAGAAGUUAUCAUCUGGCCGUAUUGCUCACAUGCUUCGAGAGAUCGACCCCUGCAGCCCAGCUGAGACUGCAGGAAUGGAGGAUGGAGAGCUUGUGCUAGCUGUAAAUGGUGAGCAGGUGGAAGAUGCAGAGCAUGAGGACAUUGUCAGCAAAAUACGGCAAAGCGGCCAGCAGGUCACCCUAACCACCAUCUCCAUCGCUGGCAGAGACUACUACACACAGCUGAACAUUUCUCCAUUGCUGUUCUAUGAAGACCAUAUUCCAAAAAGGGAACGGUUCCCUUCACCUUCUCAUGCACAUGAAGAGGCACACAGUACUUCGCCAUGUCCUCGACUUUGUGUACUUCACAAGGAGGGCACAGGAUUUGGCUUCAACUUAGGCUGUGUUCAGAAUAUGCCUGGGGCCUAUAUUGGCCAGGUGUCGACUGGGAGCACUGGAGAGAGAGCUGGGUUGUGUGAGGGGGAUGUAGUUGUAGAAGUGAAUGGGCAGAACGUAGAGGAAGAGUAUUUUGAUGAAGUAGUGAGGCUGAUCAAAAAGGGAGGGACUACUCUGAGACUUCUUGUCAUGGAGAGACCAGGGUAUGAGAAUUUGAGAAAGACUGGACAGCCUAUAAAUUCAGGACUCACUAUUCACAGUAAUAAGGUUCCAGACAUUUCACAAGACAAUUUCGUAUGAGACAGUAUGAACUUGUAAACAGCCAUUAUGUAAACUACGAAAGAUACAAUUAGUGUAAAAUUAUAAUUCUGCUUAAAGCAAAAGUUCACCCAAAAAUGUAAAUUCUCUCAUCAUUUACUCACCCUCAUGCCAUCCCAGAUGUAUAUGACUUUCUUUCUUCUGCAGAAUACAAAUGAAGAUUUUUUUGAAGAAAAUCUCAGUUCUGCAGGUCCUCACAAUGCAAGUGAAUGGUGACCAAAACUUUAAAGCUCCAAAAUGCACAUAAAGGCAUCUUAAAAGUAAUUUAUACGACUACAGUGGUUAAUUCAUGUCUUCUGAAGCGAUAUGAUUAGUGUGGGUGAGAAACAGAUCAAUAUUUGAGUCAUUUAUUACUGUAAAUCAACAAUUUUACUUCCACAUUCUUUUGUUUUUUGGCAAUUCACAUUCUUCAUGCAUAUUGCCACUCAUUGGUCGGCCUGGUUAAAGGUGGAGAUUUAUAGUAAAAAAAAGGACUUAGAGAAUGUUCCGGGUUCAAUACAAGUCAAGCUCAAUUGACAGCAUUUGUGGCAUAAAGUUGAUUGCUACAUAGAUGUAUUUAAAAAAAAAAGAAGAGGCAAAAAACUUGGUUCCAGUGAGGCACUUACAAUGGAAGUGAAUGUGGCCAAUUUUUGAACAUGAAAAUACCCACUUUUUCAAAAGUAUAGCCAAAAGACAUAAACAAUAUGCAUGUAAACAUGAUUUUAUUGUAAUAAAAUCACUUACUAAUCUUUUCUGUGUAAAGUUAUAGCCAAUUUUACAACUUCGUUACCAUGACAAUGUAAUGUCAACUAACCCUAAAAUGACUGUAAAAAUAACUAUUUAAACAACUUUACAGCUCAAAUAAUAAGUUUAACAAGAAUUAAUGCAAGUGCUUUUAUAAAAUUAAAAGUUUCACAUUUCUGUUUAAACCCUCCAAAAAUGGGCCUCAUUCACUUCUAUUGUAAGUACCUCAAUGUAACCUCGAUUUUAUUUUAUUUUUUUAAAGAAAAGGACGGACGAGUAGAAAUACAUUUUUGUGGUAAUCAACAUUAUGCCAGAAAUGCUGUCAAUUGAGCUUAACACUAUAACGCCGUUUGUAUCAAAUAUGACACAUAAAGUUUGACGGCUCCUGUCUCUCUGUUCAAGCUGAAAAGCCAAAAAACUUAUGGUAUGUAAGUUUCACAUGUUAAUGGCACCAUCUAGUGGUUAUUUGUGAAAAAAAGUGGUUUCAAUGUUUAUAUCGAUCUAUUUAAUAUGGCAACGGACUUCUGGAAAAACAUUAUUCUUAUGAUGGGAUAAAUGACAGUAAUGGUUAUAUUGUUACUGAUAUUUUAGAAUGAGCAUUUGCUGAAUAUAAGCAACUUGUGCUUGGAUAACAUUUUGUAUAUUAUUUUACUGAAAAAGCAUGUUGAAAUUACACGUAUCAAAUAUGAUACAAUAGGCUUUUGAGGUAUAUCUCUCAAUCACCAUUACAUUACAUUCAUGGCCACUAUAAAAAAUAAAUAAAUAAAUAAAACAUCUAUAGAGCUUUGAAAAUUCUGACAUAUACUUUUUAUAAGAUAUUUUUAAAGUGUGAACUAAUAUUUCUGUGUAUUUUUUUAUAUGCGGCCUGCUCUGUCAUUAUAAAGAUCUCAUUAUUUUACCUUUCAAGCUAUUAUGAUGUCAUCUUACCAUAAGUUCCUGAGACCCAUAGAAAAAUGUUUUCCAAUUUCCAAUUUCCAAUAUAAAAGCAUAUUCAAAUCUUGAGUUCAUAUUAUUUGUUGACAUCUCACCCUGCACAAUUAUAUGUAAA